GUUUCCUGGGAGAAGGCUCUCUCUUCUCCGCCAUCCAAACUCCCCCGCCCUCGUUGUCUCCCCCUCCCCUGCUCCCCCAUGGCAGGGUUUCCUUUAUAAUUAAUCCCAACACUCAAACCAGAGGGGAGGAAAAAGUGUUAAUGAGGGAGCGUCCCAGUCUGACUGGGCCGCCGCCGCUCGCAGCUAGAGCACCGAGUAAUUAAAUUAUUUUUGGAAGAGGGGGGUAUGGUGGUGAUGGUGUCAGGGAAAUCCCCGUAUGCAUGGGAAGAGGGGCUCGUCUCUUGCUACUAAUUAAAAUCAGGGAUGACUCUUUUCAUAGCUCUAGGGGGAAAAAAAAAUCAAUCUUCCCACGUCUCAGAUUCCAUUGGAUUUCGUGUAGUCGGGUUUGCGGCCCUAGAGAAGAGAAUACGGCUAGCCUCGGGGGUCUGGGGGCAGCAUUUUCGACUGGGGCAUCGAGGAACACAGCUCCAAGAGGAGCUGCGGGUUGAACCAAGGCCAAUAAUCAAAGCAGCCUCCUGCCCAUCUUUGGGGACCAGGCUCGCAGCCCCGCGCGUAUUCCCAGGAUCUGGGAGGGCGGCCCGGCAUCCCAAAGAGCAGGGCUGGGGGGAAAGGCGACUUCGGGAAGAGCCCGGCCGCAGACAAUGGACGCAGCGGCAGGAGGGGCGACAGCAGUGGGAACAGCCGGGAGGCGCACCCGGGAGCGCGCGCUCCCCCGCCCCUUGCGCCCCCCUCCGUCCCCUCCCCCUCCCCCUCCUCCGCCGCCGGCUCCCGAUCUGAUUCCUGAUCCCUGAUUCCUUGAUCCUUGGUCCCGCCAUGGGAGCCUGAACGCCCUCCAGUACCCCCUGGCCCCCCUGUCCCCGGGGCCUCGAGGGGGAAAGAGGCAAGAGGUCUGGGACUGAGCAGGGGUAAGGAGAUUCAGGACCCCCCUCAACACCCCGCAUUGCCCGCGCUGCCCGUCCCGGAGCGCGGAGUUCGGAGCGACCCCGAGCGCUGCGGAUACAAAGGCGUCGGGCCGAGCCGGGAGCCCGCCGAGCCCACCCGGUAGCUCGCAGCGACGGGUGAGUUGUCGCUUGAUUUUCUCUGAGAUAAGCCCACCCGUCCAGCAAAAUAGAGUCCCUCAGGGUGACAGUUGACUUCCUGAAGGUGCCUCUUGGCCUGAAGAAGCCGGUGCUGAAGGAGGUGGCUGUGGGGCCCUCCAAGAGGCCCCAGCCCGCGGCCCUGGAGCGCUACAAGGCAAGGCGUUCAGACGCCAUGGACACUGAGUCCCAGUACUCAGGCUAUUCCUACAAGUCGGGCCACUCCCGCAGCUCCCGCAAGCACAGAGACCGCAGGGACAGACACCGAUCUAAGAGCCGAGAUGGGAGCCGUGGGGACAAGUCGGUGACAAUCCAGGCUCCUGGAGAGCCCCUGCUGGACAACGAGUCCACUCGGGGGGAUGAACGGGAUGACAACUGGGGGGAAACAACAACGGUAGUCACAGGCACCUCUGAGCACAGCAUCUCCCACGAUGACCUCACGCGCAUCGCCAAGGACAUGGAGGACAGUGUCCCACUGGACUGCUCUCGUCACCUGGGCGUGGCGGCAGGGGCCACUCUAGCCCUGCUCUCUUUCCUCACACCACUGGCUUUCUUGUUGCUGCCCCCACUACUGUGGCGGGAGGAGCUGGAACCCUGCGGGACAGCCUGUGAGGGCCUCUUCAUCUCCGUGGCCUUCAAGCUGCUCAUCCUGCUGCUGGGCAGCUGGGCUCUGUUUUUCCGCCGGCCCAAAGCCUCACUGCCCCGCGUCUUUGUGUUGCGUGCCCUGCUCAUGGUGCUCGUCUUUCUGCUGGUUGUCUCCUACUGGCUUUUCUAUGGCGUACGUAUUUUGGAUGCCCGGGAACGCAGCUACCAGGGUGUGGUGCAGUUUGCUGUGUCUCUGGUGGAUGCCCUGCUCUUCGUGCACUACCUGGCUGUGGUCCUGCUAGAGCUACGCCAGCUCCAGCCCCAGUUCACGCUCAAGGUCGUGCGCUCCACUGAUGGUGCCAGCCGCUUCUACAAUGUUGGCCAUCUCAGCAUCCAGCGCGUGGCAGUGUGGAUCCUGGAGAAGUAUUACCAUGACUUCCCUGUCUACAACCCUGCCCUCCUCAACCUGCCCAAGUCCGUCCUGGCCAAGAAAGUGUCUGGCUUCAAGGUGUAUUCUCUCGGAGAGGAAAACAGCACCAACAACUCCACCGGCCAGUCUCGGGCUGUGAUUGCAGCAGCGGCCCGGCGGCGGGACAACAGCCACAACGAGUACUACUAUGAGGAGGCCGAGCAUGAACGCAGGGUCCGCAAACGGAGGGCCAGGCUCGUGGUGGCGGUGGAGGAGGCCUUCACUCACAUUAAGCGGCUACAGGAAGAGGAGCAGAAGAACCCCAGAGAGGUGAUGGACCCCCGGGAGGCAGCCCAGGCCAUCUUUGCAUCUAUGGCUCGUGCCAUGCAGAAGUACCUUCGGACCACCAAGCAGCAGCCUUACCACACCAUGGAGAGCAUCCUGCAGCACCUGGAGUUCUGCAUCACGCAUGACAUGACGCCCAAGGCCUUCCUGGAACGGUACCUGGCAGCGGGACCCACCAUCCAGUACCACAAAGAACGCUGGCUGGCCAAACAGUGGACACUGGUGAGUGAGGAGCCAGUGACCAGCGGUCUUAAGGAUGGCAUCGUUUUCCUCUUAAAACGCCAGGACUUCAGCCUGGUGGUAAGCACCAAGAAGGUGCCGUUCUUCAAACUCUCCGAGGAAUUUGUGGAUCCCAAGUCACACAAAUUUGUCAUGAGGCUGCAGUCGGAGACCUCAGUGUGACUGUGCAACAACAGAAGAGUGGGAGACUCUGGGGGCUCCUGUGGGGUGCGAGGGGCUUGGUUCUCAGGCCCAGCCACAUUCCUGCUGCCCUUUCUCCUGCUCUUGUUUUUUUACUUGAAUUAACUUACCCCUCACUGUCUCCUCCCCUCUUUCUUAUUUUACCCCAUGUGAAUCUGGAGUGACCAUCCUGCUGUUAAUAUCCUGGGAACCCCCCAUCCCCCACUUUUGUAUCAUUCCAGGCCCUGCAGGAAUCUGUGCCUCUCUCCUUCUCCCAGACUUUCUCCAAAUGGCAGUCUUUCCAGAUUGUACCUUCUGCUCCUCAGUCCCCCACUCACAAACCCGUUUUUAUAACAGUUCUCUUCAGUGCCCCUGACAGAGUUUCGGGGGGUGGGGGUGGGGGAGGGGAGGUCACAGACUUGACUCCAGAGAGCCUCAGUGCCAAACUCUUCCAGGCCAGCAGCUUCCCCCUACCCACCCCCCUUCACCCCAUCUAUAACCAAUCCUGAGUCCUAGGGCAAGGUUGAUCUGUCACAUAGCCCCAGAGUUACGAAUCUCCCUGCUGUGAUGUUUGCUUCCA